AUGGAAACAGCCGAAAGUCGUCUUAUAAAAUUUGGUGUCCUUAUGACGCUUCAACCUCCGUCAAUCAUUUGUUACUUGGCUUCAAUUCACUAUAUUUUAUCUCAUCGAGGUACAAGAAAAGCACUUCAUAAUCAUGGUCCAUUGGCUCUGCUUUUCGUUGGAUUAUUUACUGUUGUCUUUGAUCUCUCUAUGAUUCUCGAUUUUUUACGCACGGGUGUUGUUACUCCAAGCACUGAAGCUUAUUGUAGUAUGUGGAUUUUUUUCGAUAUGCUUCUCUAUGCACUAGCUUGUGCAUUGAUGCUGUGGAUAUCAAUCGAGCCACACAUUCUUAUUUUUCAUAAUCAACAGUUACUCGGUACAAAACUAAAACGUCUCUUUGUGCACUACUUCCCAAUUGCUUGUAUUUUUGGAUAUUUCAUUGUGUUUUACGUAUACGGCGUCUUUUUUUAUCCGUGUAAUAAUCAAUACGAUUAUCAUGUCGCAAUCUGUAAUGGUGCUUGUUUUGUUUUUGCCAAUCCUAUACUGGGUCUCUACGAUCAAUUUGCCAAUUCACUCGUUCCAUAUUUACUCAUCAUCAUUGUGAAUGUUGGAUUAUGGCUUCGCAUUGGUUGGCAAAAGCACUAUCGAAUGAGACGAGCAGUUGACUGGCGACAGCAUCGCAAAAUAAUUCUUCAGUUUGCUCCUGUAUUAAUUGUAUAUAUGUUUGGUUAUCUAACAUUUGGAUCUCUUCAAUGUUAUAAUAUGAUUCAUGGUCCGACAGAUCUUAGUACGAUUAUUCAACAAAUCUAUUUUUUUGAUUUAUUUUAUUUGGUUGGCUUAUUGCAUCCAUUUGUCUGUCUGGUUGGUAUACCUGAAAUUUAUCGAAAAUGGCUUCCAAAACGAAACCGACAAAUUGUACCAACUACCAUGAAUCCAAGGAAUGGAAUGAGUAGACUGGUUACAACUAUGCUUUAA